AUGGCUACUAAAUCAGCUGCUACCGCUGUCGAUUGGACAAAGAUCUACACCGGAUUAGGUCUCGACAAAACCACACUCACCUCCCUCCAAUCCUUCCGAGCCAGACACUCGACUGCCGUAUCCAAAAACUCUGCUUUGAAAGCUACCGUACCCCAAAUUGACUUGUCUCACUACAAGAGCGUAUUGAAAGAUCAACAAGCCGUCUCGUUAGCUGAGAAAGUAUUGAAGGAUUUCAAAGCUGUUGAUUAUGAUGUGUCUAAGUGGAAUGAAGUGGUUGGUGCUUUUGAAGGUAAAGCUGUCGCCGCUGCCAAGGAGACCGUCAACAAGAUCCAAACCGAGCAAUCUUCCCUCCAAGCUACUCUCUCUAACAUCCAAGAUGCCCGACCAUUCGAGGACUUGACUGUCGACGAAGUUGCCAAGGCCCGACCUGAAAUCAACAAGGCCGUUGAGACUAUGAUCAAGAAAGGUAAAUGGUCCGUACCAGGAUACAGAGAGAAAUUCGGAGAAUUCUCUCUCAUGUAA